UUUCUAUUGUUGUUGCGGUGUUCUUUUCACUUUCGUUGCGCACUUUGCACACCAGAUUUCGUGAUAUUAAACUAAUUUGCAUUAAUUAUCGCAGUGUGCAAAACGCAAUGUAGGAUUGUGUAAGAUCUAAAGUGCGGAAGCCAAGCGGUGUGAAAAUGAAGGCAAGUUGCAGCGCCAGCAGCAGCAACAACAGCCACAGCAACAGAUAAUAAUAAUAGUGUCGCAGGGGAAGAAGAAGAGGCUGUGCAAACCGGAUAAGGCAAAACAAGCUUGGAACAGUCGAGGACACACACACAAGCAAGCACUCCCACACACACAUAAGAACUCAUCCGUGUGUGGUUCAUUGCACUGCUCGAAGAGAUGCGUCUGCUGCAGCUGUUAUUGUUUUGGCUGCUCUGCAGCCAUGCAGCAGGCGCCAACAUCCUGGCCGUGUUUCCCAGCGUCUGGCGAUCACAUUAUCUCUUUGGCCGUCGCUUGCUACAGCAGCUGGUGGCCGGACCACAGAAUCAUUCAGUGACACUCAUCAGUCCUCAUGCUGUCGACGAUGCUGAUGAUAAUGGUGAACCAGCGUUGGAGAACAUACGAGAGAUUCGCAUCGGAGAUCCAGAUUUGAAGCAGAACUGGCUGGACAUGGGCAUGAGCUUCGAGGCGGAACAGAUGCAUGCCCAGAGCGUGAUGGAACGCUUCACGCGUAUGAUCUAUGCGGGCACCACAAAUGUGGAUCUGUUGCUCUCGGAUGCUCAAGUGCGUAAACUGCUGACGAGCGGCGAAAAGUUUGAUUUACUCAUUGUGGAUUUGUUUCUAAGUGAAGCGCUAUUAGGCUUGGCCUAUUACUAUGGCGUGCCCACUGUGGCUAUCAGUCCCACCGGUGCCAACUCUUGGCUUAAUAAUAUGUUUGGCAAUCCGCAAUCCUCGUCACUGGAUCCCAGCAACUUUCUGCCCUUCACGGAGCGCAUGAAUACACGUCAACGCAUUGCCAACACGCUGAUGAGCACAUUCGAGCGUCUGACCUACAAUUUUUUCCACCUGAUCUCACAACAGUCUGUUUACUCUAAUCACUUUGAACUACUGGUGCAGGAGUUGCCCAAUUAUCGCGAGCUGAGCAAGAAUCUUAGUCUAGCAUUGAUCAAUUCACAUCCGGCCAUGGAUUAUCCUCGUGCCUAUUUGCCCAACAUGCUCGAAGUGGGCGGACUGCAUCUCCUGGAGCCAACAGAGCUAACAGUGCCAAAUCAUGUACGUUCCUUUAUUGAAUCGGCGCCUGGUGGCGUCAUUUACAUGAGUCUAGGUGCCGAAGUGCAGACAGCGCAGCUGCCCAGUGAUAAACUGACCAUUUUGCUGGACGUUUUCGCGCAUCUUAAGGAGUUUCACUUCUUGCUUAAGUGGGAAGCGGAGCAGUUUGUGCAACCGCUGCCGGAGAACAUUAUGAUCAGCAGCUGGUGGCCACAGCAAGCCAUAUUAGCUCAUCCGCAGGUCAAGGUGUUUAUUAGCAGCUGCGGUCAGCUAAGCGUUUGGGAAUCGAUUGCGGGCAAUACGCCCAUACUUGCCAUACCCAUAUUGGCCGAGCAGGUGGUGCUAGCUAAGCGCUUGCAACACAGAGGCGCCUCGCUGACUGUGGGCUAUGAGGCCAUUGCGUACGAUGCACUGCUGCAUGGUAUACGACAACUAACGCUUAACAGCAGCUAUGCAGAGGAAUUGGCCAAGCUGAAGACACGUUUGAAUAUCGAGAAUUUGGAGGCAUCGGCCAAGGCACUCAAUCAUAUUGAGUUUAUCUUGGAGACUGGUGGAGCUGAUUUCCUGAAAUCACAUGCGAAUACUCUUAACUUUUGGCGAUCGGAGGGUCUCGAUGUGCUGCUGAUCAUUGUGCUGGGCAUUUGUGGCAUACUUACGGUGCCAUUUGUGGCCACUUGCUGCAUACUGCGUCGAUCGUACUACAAUCAGGCGGCACAGGAUCAACAGCAACCGUAUCGCACCACACUCAAGGCUGUGGGUCGUAUGCACAGCUACGGCGAUCCCAGCAGCUGCACAAGCGGCGGUGCCUCGGAACCGUUGCGAAGAACGCGCUCGGCCCAAUCAUUAUCGGCACGUUCGAGCAGCUCUAGUUUUAGCUCGACAACGACGCCUACGACACCGUCAAGUGCGUCGACGACGCCGCUGGAUCUGACGCCACCUCCACCGCCAUCUGCGACUUUAUCGCCGUUGCAGCUCUACGUUAAUCAAGGAGUUUACUCAACCCAUACAGAGGAAUCGCCGCAGGAGGAUACGAAGGAGCGAGCGUUUUUAUAGCCAUGUCGAUAGUUGAUUGCUUGGCUUAACGAUAUAUCUCUAGACUUCACACCUUAUAAACUACAUAUAUAUAUCUCUGUAUUUAUAUAUAAGAUAUGUAUGUAUAUCUCUAAUAACUAGCGUGUUAAGCGUGGUUUUAUGCAUCUACAUAUGUUGGUCUGUGGUCCCCCUAAAAGUGUUUUUUUAUGUUAUUUUAUACGUACGUUUAGCUUACACUAUGUUUAGAUUGUAGCCGUGAUAAAAGUCCGCAAAUGAUAUUGUGCGUUAUUAAAGUAUAGUUCGAUAUGUGUAACAAAAUUACCCAAUAAACAUUUUUAUUUUGUGCGUUAGUAUUAUUAAAA